GACGUUUGCCCAUGAGGUCGCCGCCACUGGUCCUGCUCCUCCUGAUGGGCGUCCAAGCUGUACUGAACAUGGGAGGUGGGCGGGCCCUAAGCACAGAGGCAGCCAACCACGACGCAGGACAGCAGACAGCAGCCGAUCACAGAGCGGGGCAGCAGCAGCAGCAGACGGCGGCGGGGGACCACCUCCCCGAGCAUCGCGCUACGUCGCCGCCGGAACACCGCAGGAACGGCCAUCACAGGACCAGGCGGCCCCACCGGCCCCCCGCCACUCAGACCCCGGGAGCCGUGUCCGUUCCUCAGUCCAUCUCUCCCCUUGACCUCUCCAUCCCCGAGGUGGACCCCAAAAUCUUCUCCAAGAGGCGCUUCCGCUCCUCGCCCCGGGUGGUCUUCAGCGAGACCCCCCCGUCGCACGACGUGCCGGAGGGGAAGGACUCCGACGUGAGCGGGGGGGCCGGCGGCGGCGGGCGGGGGUCCCGGGUGCGGCGGCGGGCCGGGACCCAGCUGAUGCACCGGGGGGAGUACUCGGUGUGCGACAGCGUCAGCGACUGGGUGGGCAACCGCACCACCGCCACAGACAUCUGGGGCAACGAGGUGACGGUGUUGCCCAACGUCCGCAUCGAGAACCUGGUGAAGAAGCAGUUUUUCUACGAGACCACCUGCCUGUCGCCCACGCAGAGGGGUCCCGGGGGCAGCGGCGCCGCCGGUGGAGGAGGCGGGGGUGGAGCCGCUGGAGCCGGCGGUAACAGAGGCGGGGGCAGGGCGGGCGCCAGGAGCCGGAAGCAGAGCUCCAGGGCGGCGGACUCUGGGUGCCGCGGGAUCGACGUCCGCUACUGGAACUCCUACUGCACCAACACGCACACGUACGUCAGUGCCAUGACCACGUUCGAGGAGAAGGCGGCCUGGCGCAACAUCCGCAUCAACGUGGCGUGCGUGUGCGUGCUCACACGCAAGUCCUGGCAGGGCCGGGCGGGGCGCUGA